AUGUCUAUACCAGACCAAGCCCUAAUCCUGCCCAUCUCCGAUCUCUCCCUUAACCGAGAAGAAAACACAAAACUUCGUCUAGCUGGCACCAUUACCGGUAUCAACCCUUCAAAUUCCUCUCUCAUCGUCCUAUCCGAUCCACACCCAGCGCCUACCUCCACCGCAUCUUCUGUUCUGGUGGAUCUCUCGCUGUGUAUCAGCAACAACAGUUGGAGAAGGAGGAGUGAUGCCAAGUUGCCUGAGUUGAAGUCUAAGUUGAUGGUUAUUGGUCAUUUGACUAGACGAGCUGUUCGAGUUGACCUGGAAUGGUUGACAAAGCCGAACAAGAGAGAUCUGGGAGAAGUGCAGCGAAAGGAUUCGGUUGGAGAAGGGAAGCAGUGCGUUCCCAACGGAUAUUUUGUGUUGGAGGCGAUUCUGUGUAAGCCUCUGGACGAAAGCUUUCAUUUGGCGCUGUGGAAUCACGCCGCUCGGCUUCGAAGUCAGAACGAAUGGUCUCACUACUAUGAUCAACACACUCGAAGUAAGGGCAAACGAAAAGCGGACACCUAA